UACGUGCCAUUAGAUAUUGUUCAACCUUUCAAUCAUAUCUAAAUGAACGUGAAAAAUUAAGAAUGGCACUUCUAUUGAAUAAAUAUCCAAAUAAAAUUAUUGAUGAACAAUUCGAUAAUGUAUUAGUAAAAUUUGAUAUUAAUGAACCAUUAAUUUCAAUCAAUUACAAUAGAUUUCGUCAAAAAAUUAUUGAUUCUCCUAUAAAAGAGAAAUUAUCUGUCAAUUACGACAUGUCAAUAUUCGUUCAUUUUACCUAUUGUUCAAGUAUGAAGACAUUUCCAAUUAAAUUCCAUGCUUUAUGGGACAAAUACUUCGAUAAAUCUCCAAUAAAUGAAGUUACCCCCAUACUUGUUACUCGAAAUGCCGAUAAUCUGAAAAAAUGGCUAAUUCAUACCAAAUCGAAAGGCUGA